AUGGCCUUGGUACCGGAGAUUAUUGUUUUCAAUGAAGAGAACGUCAAGCCAAAGAGGUUAAACCAGCAUAUUUCUGCGAUCAUCAUAUCAUUUAGUGGUUUUGCGCUUGGAGUUACAAUAGGAUGGAAUUCUAGUGCAGGUGAUACAUUGAGGAAUGUUUUAAAUGCCACAGCAACUGAGAUAGGAUUAGUGGGUGGCAUAGUAAAUGCCGGGGCGUGUGCUGGAAGAUUUUUAUGUGGACUGGCUGGUGGUACUUGUUGCGUUCUAUCACCUAUUUUUAUAUCUGAGGUGGCAGACAAAAAUACCCGUGUACGGCUGCUGGUUUAUUUUCAGCUUUUAAUCAAUUGCGGAAUAUUUUAUGCCUUUUUAGUAGCGUACUUUUACGAUGAGAAGGACGCUAUUUGGCGUUAUAGUAUGAUUUGUGGCGUCAGCUGUGCUCUUAUUAUUUGGAUAGCGUUUUUACCCGAGACCCCACUUUAUUAUUUAUCGAUUAAUGACGAGCACUCAGCCAUUAAAUCAAUCAAUUGGUAUUAUGGUAAUGGAUCCAAUAAUGAUUUGAAUGAAUAUAAAAAACUCAUUAAAAGUAAAAAUCCUGUAUCAAAGGUCCUAAAAAAUUUCAAUGUUAUCCGUGCGAUAAUCGUAUGUCACGGAGUGAUAAUUAUCCAACAAUUAAGCGGCAUAAACACUCUAACAUUUUACGCUACUGUAAUAUUCAACAAUGGAGGUUCCGGAGAGUUAACAGGAGCUCAACAAACCCUGGUAAUCGGAGGGCUGCAGAUUAUAUCAUGUAUUUUUUGCAUGCUGGUAAUCGAUUUUUGGGGCCGCAGAAUACUGUUGGCUGUGUCUGGAAUCAUAAUGGGUCUAUCUAUGAUACUUUUCGGUUGGUAUAUAAAUGUCCGUGAUGAAGAUCCAGAGUUUUACGAAGAAAGUUAUGGAUGGAUACCUCCGACAUGUAUGGUCAUCUACUUCAGUGCAUUCAAUCUAGGUUUAGGUCCAAUAUCAUGGUCUAUUCUGGGCGACACAUUUCCCAUUGAGAUCAAGACAUUCGGCGCCUCAAGUGUUGCUUUCCUCAGCUGGCUCAUAUCACUGAUAGCCACAUUGACCUUCGGCGAACUUGCACAGUCUCUCGGUAUUUCAAAAACGAUGUGGCUGUUCGGUGGUUUCUGCUGUCUCGGAGCGAUACUCUGCGGUGCUUUUGUGAGAGAAACAAGGGGCAUGAGUUUGGCUGAUAUCCAGAACAAAUUUAAGAUUGAUCCAAUACAAGUUGAUAAUAAUUUAGAAUCGUAG